GAAGGCAUGAAUUUAGUAACUAGAGAAGCAAUGCAUGAAUGGGAGGUACAAACCGCAAUACGGAUAAGUCGGUCUUGGGAAGAAAGUUUGAACCUGAGUGACAAUGAUUUAGAGAAACCGUCUUCAAAGCGCAUCGAUUUAAUUCCAGUGUCCCCAGCAGCUCCUCCCACCAGGGGGAUUGGGAAGCAAUGUUUUCCUCCAUCGUUACAAACUUGUGUGAGUUGCACCACUAUGCCUCCAAGCCCUUUUCCCAGUCCUACGCGACAAUUUACAAUAAGAAGUCAAAACCCCACCAACAUUAUUAGACCAAGUAUCUGUGGACCAUUAAAAAGAAAAGGUACUUUUAUCUACCAGCAAAAAUAA